CGAAAAGAGAGUACAGACCAAGAAAUCGUUUUACUUUUUCACCCGAGAAACAAGAUGUUAAGCGAACGCAUUAAUAGCCCAAUUUAGUGAGAAGUCACUCAAUAAACACCAUGAUUGCGACGUACAGUAAUAUUUAAACACCUCGAAUUAUUCAACACAAAGAUGAACGUAAUGCGAAAGCUGCGCGGAGCGGCUAGCGCAGGCAGCGUCAGUGGCAGCAGCGUCAGCCCUUCGACGGCAAAUAGUUCUUCCGGGGGCAACAGGCCGGCAAUGGAUCUCAGCGCCACGCAGGCCGCAAACGGACGAACUGGGGAGGAGGCCCUGAUUGACGCUCGCGUUUUGGUGAGCCUCAGCACGCUAAAAAAGCUCUUCAACGAUUACACCCAUCCGAGGGAACCGCUAAGCGAGCAGGAGCGCGACGGCAAGCUCUACGAGAUGCUGCCCCUCUUCUGCAAAGUCUUUAGCAGCUGUCCGGCAACCGACAUGAGCGAAAAAUUUUGGGAUGUGGUCGCCUUUUGCCAGCAAGUGUCCCGUCUGAUGGUCAGUGAAAUCCGCAAGCGUGCCUCCAACCAAAGCACGGAAGCGGCGUCUAUUGCCAUUGUAAAGUUUCUUGAGGUGGAAACCACGGAGGAAACCAGUAGCGGCUGGAUGCUGCUGGCAACCCUUAAUCUGCUGGCCAAUGGGGACGUCUCCCUUAUACAGGUAAUGACUGCCGCAGCAGUUCCCUCGACUCUUGUGAAGUGCUUGUAUUUGUUCUUCGACCUGCCAAUAGUUGAGGACGAUGAGCCAACAGCAGACGGAGGAACAGCGAGUGAAUUUAACGCCCACGAAAGGCGCACUCUCCUGCAGAAGGUGUUUGUGCAGCUUCUGGUGAAGCUCUGCUCAUACCCUUAUCCCGCCGAGGAACUUUCCCGCAUGGACGACUUGACGUUGCUAUUCUCGGCCAUUACUUCCCCAUGUCCCAUCCACAACAUUGUGUGGCGCAAGAAUGCUGCUGAGAUCCUGACAACAAUAUCAAGGAACGGCCUGACCGACGCCGUCGUUAGCUACAUACAUUCCAAGGGCUGCAUGGCGCUGUGCGUGGACAAUAUGCAACGCCUGACAUUUGGAAACCCUCUUGAAAUCGUCGAGAUGUUUGUCACCGUGUUCUGCUUUCUCAAGGACUCUAGUCAGGUGUCCCAAAUACUAAUGGAUGAUUUUCGAGCCUCCCAGGGUUACGUGUUCCUAAGCGAUUUUCUGCUCAAAUUUGACAACAAUCGUAGUCAGUCGCUGGAGAUUCAAGCGGCUAUUCGUAACCUUGUUCUGAUGAUUUCAUCGUUGUGCAUGUGUGGAUUCUACGAGCUCCGACCGCCAGCUUCUCAGUUCAACACGGCUUUUAAGCUGCAGAACUUCCAGCUUCCACAGGCCACUUCUCGAGAGACGUGUGUGCGAAAUGUGUACGCCUUCCAAGUAUUACAGAACGUCUUUAUAAAGUCUACGACGCCCGCACUCUGUUGCACAAUCCUAGACGCUAUUUCUCGGGUUUACCACUCAGAGAACGCCAACUAUUUCAUACUCGAGCCCGAGCACACGAUUAGUACGUUCGCGGAGCGUAUCCACCUGAAAAGCCCACAAAUCCAGGAAAAAUUCUACGACCUGCUGGAGUUCAUCGUCUUUCAGCUGAACUUUGUACCGUGCAAGGAACUGAUCAGCCUUUCGCUUCUGCUCAAACAUAAUCAGUCGACGCCCUGCAGCAUUCUAUGCCUAAAGACACUUCUAAACAUUCUGCGGCACAACACCGUGUUUAAGGACGUCUAUCGCGAAGUGGGUAUUCUGGAGAUCUUCGUCGGCUGCCUAACACGCUACUCAGCCCAUGUGCUGCAGAUUACCAAGGGCGACGAGUCAGUAGUGGUGGAGCUGGAUGGGGACACGGAAGAAGACCUGCUGGACACGCUCGGCAAAUAUGUUCUGGAGGCUCUCACCAUGCUGCUGGGCGGUGGAGCCAGCAACAAUGCCCAACUCUUUCGUGAGUACAGUGGCGCCAAGUGCGUCCAUGAGCUGGUGAAGUUUAGGCACUGCAGGCCGCAGGCUCUCGGAAUCGUUAGGGAGCUGAUUCUGUCCGCCGGUGGAGACGACGACAUGCUGCACAUACUGUCACUGAUGCACAGCGUCAGUCCAUUGCAGGUGGAGUUCAAAAUCCAGAUACUAAAUAUGCUGCUGGGAUGCUUAAAGGACUCUCACCGCACACGGACCGUCUUCCGCAAAGUGGGAGGCUUUGUUUACGUCACCAGUGUAUUCGUGUCUCUGGACGGCAGUAUGGCCCAGCCGCAACCAGACAUUUCACAACAGGAUCUCAUUCUGCUACUGCAAAUAGUCUUCCAGACCCUGGCCACCGCUAUGAGGUUUGAGCCGGCCAACGCCAAGUUCUUUCACCAGGAGAUUAGCAGCAGCUCGUUGUGCGACACUCUUCGUCUUCUGGGAUGCUUUGGAGGAUCAUCCGCCUUGCAGGAUUUCACGGGUGUCUACGAGCCACAGCAGUCGUUACUCAAGUAUUACCAUGAGAUUUUCAGCGGAGACAUUCUAAGCGUCAGUUUCUCUGAUGACGUUCCCUACCCAUUAUCCUACGUGUGCGUGGUAUUUCGGCUGCUCUAUAGCAUUGCGCUGGACAAUUUUGAGGCGCCAAGCCUAAGCGGCAUAAUCACGCUCGUCAGCGAUCCACCAGCGCCGUUGAGAUCGCCGAGCAAGGAGUUGGCGGCCCCGGUGCACCCUAGCCAGCUGAAUCUCACGCAGCCCAGUCCCGAGCCGCGGAUAGUCCACCCGGGUGUGGUGCUCUGCAUGCUUCAGCUUCUGCCCGCCGUAGAGUACGAUUCAGCCCCUCUGCAGGCGGUGCAGCUGCAGGUAUACCUCAGCGAAAUCAUCAAGUCCUUAGUGCGAAGCGAGCGCAACCAGCAGAUCAUGUGCGAUCAUGGACUGGCAGAGAAGCUGCUCAAGCUGACUCGCAGAGCGCUAGCGGAGGAGUCGCAUCCUCUGCACGUGCCCAUGCAGUAUAUUCUCGAGCGUCUGGCCGCCCAGGCACUGCAGCCCACCGAGCUACGCCAGUUCCUGCGCUUGGGCGAGCCGCUCUCAUGUGCGGAUAUAGAUCUUCAGCAGCCAUACAGGCUGGGCGGACCCGUUCCCCUGACUCGAAUCAAGACUCUAGUGUCCAUGACAACGCCGCGCGACUUCCGUGCCCACGGAUCGAGCACACUGCCUCCCUUCGUCGAACUAGACAUGUCUGCAGAGGGUUUCGGCUGCCUUUAUCUGCCCUCACUGGCGCCCCAGGCGACGGCCACUGCCGGCGGUACCAUUGAUGCAAACACCAUUGGAGGCAUUGGGGCCGGCGAUCGCAUCUUUCCGCCACAGACAGGUCUUACGUACUCCACGUGGUUCUGUGUAGAAAAGUUCUCAGAUCCCAAGACGGACCCACACUGUGUACGGCUUCUUACAUUGGUAAGGACCAUUCACAAUCCCCGUGAAGAAAACCUGGCAUGUUUGUCCAUUUUGCUUUCGGCGCGGGACAAGGCGAUCGUCGUGUCCACGCAAGAGACUUUGGUCACGCCCAGAAAAAGUAUUGGUGACUGGGAACCCGAAGGAUCGGAUGACGGCAUCGCUCGCAUAUGGUGCCCUGAUCUUCUGCACGAGGGCCAGUGGCAUAACCUAGUCGUUGUGUUAAACCGAGCCGUGCUGAAAAAUUCGAGUUUGUUUCUUUAUUUGGAUGGGGUGCCCAUGCAUACCCAGAAGCUUCACUACAUCGCCCAGCAUCCGGCAGCGGGCAAUGCCAGUCUAACGUCGGCCACACAGAUUUUUGGAUACAUCGGUACGCCGCCGAUAUGGCGGCGCUACUCUCGUCUGUGUUGGAAGCAAGGCGUUUGUCACCUGAUCGAAGAUGUGCUUACCCAGCAGACGGUUCAGACCAUUUAUCAACUAGGACCCCACUACAUGGGUUCGCUGCAGGCUCCGCAGGUGGGGAAGCAGUCGGAGUCGUUGGCGCCGCUGGUGCCCGAGGAUCGCGUCCUCCUGGGUCUUAACGCAAAAGCGGUGUCCAAGCUGACGCUUGUCAAAAUCCGCAAGGUGUACAGCCGGGCGGACAACAAAAGCAUUGCCAAGCAGCUGAAUAUGAACUCUCACGAGAACGCCACGCCCAUCAAAAUAUUGCACAAUUCCGCAGGACAUUUGGCAGGCGCUGGUCGCUCCCUUGGCGGCGUGGUCGUCGGUUAUCUGGGUGUAAGAGUGUUCAGUCCGCAUCCCGUCUCUGCCAUGAUUGACACUGUGGGCGGCUGCAAUGUGCUCCUCGGCAUCAUCGCCAUGGCUCAAGACGUGGAGUCAUUAUACGCAGGAGUGAAGGCCCUGACCUGCGUGGUGAGGAGCAAUCGUGCCGCUCAAGCAGAGAUGGACAGAAAACGCUGCUACCAAACAUUGGGAAUGUUCUUUAAAAAGAAAAAGCAUCUGCUGAACUCGCACAUUCUGCACCUGACCUUCGGUCUGGUCGGCACGGUAAACAGCGGUCAGGACAUGUCGGCCAUUCCAAAUGUGACGGCUUUCCAGGACCUGUUGUGUGAUUUGGAGAUUUGGCAUAACUCACCUAACGGACUGCUGCGCUCCCUCCUGGAACAUCUGUUGGAGUUGGUGGUGGAGUCCAGCGACAAGAAACAGAACGUUAAGAUCAUGCGAGACAUGCAGCUGCUUGUCAAAUUGCUGCACAUUAUCACUCAAAUCCAAGACCACUCCACAAGAGAGAUCCUAUUCAGUCUGCUGGAGACUCUAUUGGGCGGGCAGCCGAGGCACACCGAUCUGCUUCUUUUUGGCCAGUAUGUGGCGGCCAAGCUACCGCUGACUCAUAGCGGAGGCAUGGAACGCGCUGUGCUCCUACCCAGCAUGAAGAGUCCUAUCGAAGACCAAGAUGGAGGCGUUGCUCAGAAUAUCUACCUGCGCAACCGUUGCCUCUCGCUACUCCACGGACUCCUUUUCACGCCCCGUAACACCGUGAACUAUGUAAUCUGCGACGACAUUUCCAAGACCCUGGGCAUGGAUUGGCUGCUACUCUUCAUGCAGCCGCACGUCCACUUUACCACUGUCAUUAUUGCCGUGCGCGUCCUUGUCGUGGUCUGUGCCAACGAAAGCUUUCUUGUGCGCUUUCGGGAUGCCACCCACAACGGCGGCUACCUACGUUUCACGGAGAUGGUUUCACAACGAAAGAUGAUGGGCCUCGGUGCUCAGCAGCUUAACCAGCGUCCGACGAAUGGCACCGGCACAGUCAUUGUAGCCACCCCACAGAACACCAUACAACAUCUCCCCACCCAGAUUGCAGGAGAGGUGAGACCAGCAGCAUUGAACAUACCAGGUUUCCAACUGCUGGAAUGGCUGAUGAAUCAUCACCUAGACGUUCCGGAGUUGUACUUCCUAAUGACCGCCCUGAUCAUGGGACAGCCUGUGAAGGUGCUGGCUACCGAGCACACCAAGUUCGACCUAGACCGCGUCUGGUCUUUUCUCUGGGGUGCUCCCGUCUCCGCCAACACGCAGCUGCCAAAGCUCAAUAUUUGUCCCGAGGGCGUCUGCGUCCUCCUGGCUAUGGUGCGCGGGAUUGUUCACGGCGGCGAAUGCGCCGCCUGGUUGCACAGCCACCCGGAGACAAUCAUCCAGCUCCUUUUCAGCCUGUACCAAAACCUUAGCGACUUUGCGCCAGUGAUGAUGGCUGGAGAUGUGAUCACUUCUCUGGUAGCGGUGCUGUUUCCAUUGGCGUCUCGUCCUGCGGACUCUGAACCGAACAGUGGAAAUUCCACCCCCACGGAUAAUACAGGAAGCAGCUUUGCCUUACCCUUAACGGAGAGCCUGCAUGGAGCCCCGCAGCCCAAGCUAACCGCUCAUCCGGUGUGCAAUUGUAUUAUCGACUUUCUGCGCGUUAUUGUCGUGGACUCUCUAGGCCUGAACAUGCAGGGCAAGCUUACCCCGGUAAUCGAUCUCGUACUGGACGCAGCACCAGAGUCGGCGGAACUACCCCUGCAGGUGCAGUACCAGACACAGAUUAUCAUCGCCCUAAUGGAUCACCUGCUGGCCGCAGAUGUCCUUGUAGGCGAACAGGCGGCCCUACCUCUGGUACCUCUCUUGCAGAGCCAGAUGCAGCACAUCGCCCCAAACGUGUUUUACUUAACCGCCCGCAUCGUAGAUAAGCUGUGGCAGGGUUGCCUCGCCCGAAAUCCGCACGACAUUUUCGAUUUUGUUAUCAAGCUGAUCGUGCAAGCCAAGCGGCGGUCCUCGUCGUUAUCACUAGAGCAUCUACACCACUCACUGAAUCGCAGCAUUCUCUUCCUGCUCUCCCGCCCAACCGACGACUCUCGGGCCGACCAGAUCAGUGUGCUGGAAGCGUUGCACAAAAUCAUACAGCACCGCCUGCUAAUUUUCGGGGCGGGCAACCACGAGCUGGAAUUCAUUGGAUGCCUCACCUACUGCCUGUUGCAACUGACAGCGGACAUGAAAAUUAUCUUGGAGCCGGCCACCAGCCGAAAUACCACCUGGCACGUAAAUCCGCAGACGGAAACGGCAGAGCCCAAAGACGAAGAUCUCAACCAGUUGCAGGGUCGGAACCUGAUCGUUGGCGCUGCCUUUCGCGUUUGGGAGGAGCUAUACGUUUGCAAAAAGCCCGCCAUUGAGGAGGUGUUCAAGGUCUCCCUCACAUCCCCACCACCGAACUCCAAGGCACCUGAUCUCCAGACCACGCGUGAACAGGUAAUGGAGCUGGCCUCCAAACUAUGGUUUAACUAUGUGGAGGCGGAGCGCAAGGCCUCCUACCGCGCACCCUGGGAACUGCACACCCAAAUCCAGUCAAAGAUUCAGAAGGUCACCGGAGGACUGUCUCGCUUGACUAGCCGCACUAAGGCCAAGAAAGAGGAGCUGGUACGAACCAGGUCGACCUUAAGUCGCGAUGCCGCCUAUGAGUCUACUGGGAUCCAUGUGCAGCUUGUGAAAGAUUUGCUGGAUCUGCGCGCCAAACAGUACCAGCAGAUGCUGCAGCACACUCAGCGCUACGUCUACCAAGACUGGGUUCAGUCGGAAACGGAGCUUACCCGUGAGCGCGGACUGUGGGGUCCGACCGGCAGUUGCUCACUGGAUAAAUGGAUUAUGGACACCACUGAGGGACCCCACCGAAUGCGCAAGAAGACGAUGCGCAAUGAUCUCUUUUACCUGCACUAUCCAUACCGACCGGAAUUGGAGAUUGCCGACAACCGUCAGCUGAAGUACAAGGUAGCUUCCAGUCUUGACAGCAAGACGUAUGCUCUGCACGGUCCGCAACAGCCACGCAUCCUGGCGGAGGCGGCGGAACAGCAUGCGAUCCAUCAGCAGAGUUCGCUAGAAGCAGUGCAUUCACAUCGUUUAGAGCCAAGCAGUUCCACAUCCACGCCACCGCCUCUUGCUUUACCGAAACUUAUGGGCCACGGAUCAGUACCCUGUCCACAGGAGUCAGUAGAUGGCAAUGCCCCAGAGGAUGACGAAGAGGAGGAGGACACCUCGAUGACCAGCGAUAAUGAGACCUUCUUACGCCUACUAGAGGAGCAGGAGAAAAUUAGCUUUAUGUUCCGAUGUGCAAGGGUGCAGGGAUUGGAUACCUUUGAGGGACUUUUACUGUUUGGCAAGGAGCAUUGUUACAUUGUGGAUGGGUUUACGUUGUUGAAAAACCGCGAGAUUCGAGACAUUGACACCCUGCCUCCAGGAGCUUAUGAGCCGAUUAUCCCUAACUCGGGAGGAACCUCUUCGACCACUUCCCGAGCCGUAAGCCACAAGCUCAGACAGUGCUCUAAGUUCGCAUACGAGGAAAUCCGUGAGGUGCACAAACGUCGCUACCUUCUUCAACCCAUCGCACUAGAAGUCUUCUCUGAGGAUGGACGCAACUAUCUUCUGAGCUUUCCGCGCAAGGUGCGGAACAAAGUGAACCAGCGGUUUCUGGCUCUGGCCACUGCACUGAACGACAACGCUCAGCAGUCCGUGGCGGGACAGAAGCGCACGGCCAGUGUGGAGCAGACGGCGGGCAUAUUCAGCGGUCUGAUCGGCGAGACCUCAGUGACCCAGCGCUGGGUACGCGGCGAGAUCUCCAACUUCCAGUACCUGAUGCACCUAAACACCCUGGCCGGGCGAAGCUAUAAUGACCUUAUGCAAUACCCGGUUUUUCCCUGGAUUCUGGCCGACUACGACUCUGAAGAGUUGGACCUUACCAGCCCCAAGACCUUUCGAGACUUUUCGCGACCCAUGGGUGCCCAAUCCGAGGAACGUUUGGAGCAGUUCCAAAAGCGCUUCAAAGAGUGGGACGACCCGCACGGCGAGACGCCGCCAUACCACUACGGCACACACUAUAGUUCCGCGAUGAUCGUAUGCUCGUACCUGGUGCGUCUUGAACCCUUCUCGCAGCCAUUCCUUAAACUACAGGGUGGCCACUUUGACCUAGCGGACCGCAUGUUUCACAGCAUUAAGGAGGCCUGGCUGUCAGCCUCCAAGCUAAACAUGGCCGACGUCAAGGAGCUCAUCCCGGAGUUUUUCUACCUGCCCGAAUUCCUCAGCAAUUUCAACAGCUUUGAUCUGGGUACCAAGCAGAAUGGUGAAACCCUCAACCACGUUAUCCUGCCGCCAUGGGCCAAGCACGAUCCCAGAGAGUUCAUUCGGCUUCAUAGGAGCGCUCUAGAGUGUGACUAUGUCAGCCAGCAUUUACAUCUGUGGAUUGACUUAAUCUUUGGCUGCAAGCAACAGGGACCAGCCGCAGUUGAUACUGUCAAUGUGUUUCAUCAUCUUUUCUAUGAGGGAAAUGUGGACAUCUACAACAUUGAUGAUCCACUUAAGAAGAACGCCACCAUUGGCUUUAUCAACAACUUUGGACAGAUUCCAAAGCAGCUGUUCAAGAAGGCGCAUCCUGCCAAAAAGAUGGGCAGCUCUCGUCACUCUGCGCUAAUCGACCCUACUUCUCUGAUUCAGGGCAAUAGCACAGUACUACAAACCGAUCGGCUGUUCUUCCACAACUUGGACAAUCUCAAGCCCAGUCUUCAGCCCAUCAAGGAGCUGAAAGGACCAGUGGGUCAAAUUUUACAGCCCGACAAGACGGUGUUUGCCGUGGAGCAGAAUAAGGUAAUGAUGCCGCCCUCGUACACGAAGUACAUAGCCUGGGGCUUUGCCGACCACUCUCUUCGCGUAGGACUCUACGACACGGACCGGGCAUCCUUCGUGUCCGAGGCAUCCGCCCAGAACUCGGGAGAAAUCCUGACCUGCGCCUGUCCCAAUGCCAAUAUGAUUGUCACGGCUGGCACCAGUUCGGUAGUGACAAUUUGGAAGUUCGACGCGAACCGAAAGAGCCUCGUCGUCAAGCACUCGUUGCACGGGCACACCGAUGCUGUGACCUGUUUAGCAGCUAGCGCUGCCUACAAUGUGAUAGUGUCCGGAUCGCGGGAUGGCACUGCCAUCGUCUGGGAUAUGACGCGAUUCACCUUCGUGCGCCAAUUGCGGGGACAUGCUGGUGUAGUGGCUGCCGUGGCCAUUAAUGAGCUGACUGGGGAUAUUGCCACCUGUUCGGCCACUUGGCUCCAUGUGUGGUCCAUUAAUGGCGAUGCCUUGGCUAUGGUCAACACAUGUGUGGGCAGUGCGGAUCGCAUGCAGCAGAUCCUAUGUGUGGCUUUCUCGCAGAUCCGCGAGUGGGACCAGCAAAAUGUAGUCAUAACUGGCUCAACUGACGGUGUGGUAAGGAUGUGGUCCUUGGAGCACACACAGGUGCCCAUCGAUCGCAAGUUGAAGCGAGGCAUGGAGGUGUCUUCACAGGACAAGCCCGACAACGCAUCUUUAGAAGGCGAGAAUGGCAAGGAUGACAAAAUAAGUCUCAUUAAGCAAAUAAAAAGCCUUUCACAGUCAGAGGAAGAGUUGGAGAUUGUCAAGUCCGCUUCGGAAAGCAGCAUUUCAGAGGCUUCACAGCACAGCCAUGAAUCAAGUAAAUCAGCUGAGGCAGGUGCCACAGCGGAGCUGCAAAGUGAGAACAGAAAAAGCUCCAUAUCGGGAGCGAAGUCCCUGCAUGAAAUGAAAUCGGCUACAGUAGAAGCGAAGGAAAGCAGCUCUGAUCCCAAAUCCAAUGACGAUGAACAUGCAAUAAGGCCAAGUAAAUCCGACACAAGCUUGACUGACGGAUUCGUUGUAAUAGACCAUGACAGGCAUAAGGGCGAUCAGAUUCUAAGAAAAGGCUUUCGAUGGCAGCGUCAAUUAAUGUUUCGCUCAAAACUGACCAUGCAUACAGCAUAUGAUCGAAAGGACAACGCCGAACCCGCUAGCAUUACAGCGUUAACGGUAUCCAAAGAUCACAAAAUCUUAUAUGUCGGCGAUGCACGCGGGCGUAUCUUUUCGUGGAGCGUUACGGAACAGCCGGGUCGCGGAGUGGCUGAUCAUUGGCUGAAAGAUGAGGGAGCCGAUCAGUGUGUCAAAUGUCAUGUCAAGUUUACACUUUAUGAGAGAAAACAUCAUUGUCGGAAUUGUGGUCAAGUUUUCUGCAACAAGUGCAGUCGGUUUGAGUCGGAAAUAUCACGCCUUCGAAUACUAAAACCAGUUAGGGUGUGCCAAGCGUGCUACAGUCAACUGCGAACAAAUUCAAUGGACAAUUGAAAAAUCUGAUGGAAUGUAAAAGUACACAAUUUAAAGCUGAUUAUAUAACUGUUUUUACUUGUACAUGUUAAAAGUAGUUAGGCUUAAAACGUUUAUUUCGUUUUCGAUCCAAUAAUUUUAUCCAAAGCAUCUUAAACUAACUUCAACCAAAGGCUGUUAUAUGAUUUUAUACUUUAUUUUACAUAGUUUAAUUCCAAUUUUGUAUGUACACAAACCAAGUUGCAAUAUAAUUUAUAUUCUUAUUUAUAACUAUUUAUUAAACACCGAGUUGAACCAUAAUAAAUAUCAUUUAUGCAUCGGAAGCAUUGACAAUUUAUAGUUAUAGUUAAAUUCUAUAAUUAUUGACUUUUAAGUGUAGACUUUCGAAGUACGUAUUAGCAGCCUACCAGUGUGGCCAGGGCACAAAAACCCACUUCAAACUUCAAAGCUUAAAGUUUCCGGUAUUGGUGUGCAGGAAACCGUCAGCCCACAACAGCUAAAUCAAUAAUAAUCAAACCAAGCACCGCCAGUUAUAUCAAUUAUAUAAAUAACUUAAACACCUUUUUAGCAAAUAAAACCAAACACAUCACGAAGGAUGUCCCCGCACCUUUUGCGGGAACUAAACACGUCUUAGAACACAACACUACAACCUCACACUUAACUAAAGGCAAGUAGAUUUUCUCAACAUUACUUUUAAAUACUAAGAGCAAAGCAAAGAAUGUAAUUAAUGGGUCAUAAAUUGUAAAAGCAAUAUUUUAAAUUGCAAUUAAAUUAAAUAUGUAUUUCAAAAUAAAAAAUGGAUAAAAAGUAAAGAGAAUAAACUGUAUUAUAUUUCAUUUUUCUGAAAAAACUUUCGCCCCUUGUAACUUCAGUUUCGAGCUUGAAACCAUUCCAUUCCUUCCAACAAUUACAACAAAAAAACCUAAAUAUUUCAAUAUUGUAAAUAAUAAACUGAAAUAAUGAAAAUAUAUAAUAAUAAGACAAAGAAAUUAGAAAAAUAUAUUGGUAGCCAUGGUAGAAAAACAUUCCGUAUUUUGUAGAAAAUCUACAUGUUGCAUUGAUAAUAAUUUACAAACAUUACAUAUGUACGGGUGACAGUGCAAAUGCAAUUCCAGUCUCUCCAGCCUGUUAAAGCAAAUCCCGAUCUUUAUUAUCCAAAGACUUUAGAAGCACCGAAGCCAGAGAAUAUGUAACUUUAUAUUCUCUACAAACGUUUCAUUGAACAAAUAUGUUACAUUUCAAAACAGUAAGAGAUCUGUUACUUAAGGAAUACUUAGCAAUUUAAAUGCAGCACGAGAAAACAACACAACAAACACGAGAGCAACCUGUACUAGGCCCCGUUUACAGUAUGAAAACGUUAGAAACUGCGUUUAUUUACCGAGUUUACAAAUUCGAGUUGGUUUUGCGUUAAAUGUAUGUACCUUAGGGCGAUCCAAAUUUGUAUGCACAUUUGUAAGUCCUUUAAGGCAUAUGGUAAGAAAUUUAUUUCACAAGCUUCGGCUUAGGGGAAGCACAUUGGCUUAUAUGACAAAUAAAUACUACUGGCCAUUAAUUAAAAUAUGUUAAAAUUGACUUAUCUUAGCAUAUUUCUGCCUACUUAGUUUUCGAUUCUAAAGCUUGUUUUUUUGUGAUAUCGCGGAUUAAAAUAAAUAUCGAAAUUCAAUGUUCUAAGUUUUACAUAGCUAUUUCGAGAGUGGUUACUUCUUUAUUAAAUAGCUUAAUUUCAUUUAAUUAUAAAGUUGAAGGCUUUUAAAAAUUAAAAAUGUACUUUAAAAUAUCUUGCAUGCAUGUUACGCCUCUACAUGCAUCACUCUUGCAGUUCAAAAUACCAAUCAUAAAAUGUAUUUUCUAAAUUGGUAUAUAUACCCCUAAAAAAGAAUUUCCAAGCCACUCUAACCGUCUACCGACCCCUUCAUUUAAAUUAAAAUGUUAUGGAUGUCUUACUACUUCUUUGUUACUUUUUAAGGUCUUAGAAAAUAAACACUUUAGUCUUGCAUCUUUUACGAAGUCCUAUUUUAUGGUCCUGUAUAAUUUCCUUUUUUUGACAUAAACGUGUUGAGACCAAAUACUUCAAAUAAAAUGAUUUGGUUUUCGAAUACAUUUACUGCACACUAAAACACAACGACCAUAAGGGAAGAGAGUAAGGACCAUUUUAAUGUACAUCCAAAAGUGAAUAAACACAGUUUCUAACCAUACUAAAAACGGGGCCCUAACUAAACAACCAACAUUAAAACUGAAAAGAAUCAUAUAAAUAAAAAUAUAUAUAUUUAUUGUUAGUGUGUGAGAUAGAAAGCAUAAUAUAACGGCAU